AUGCAGACGAUGCGCCAGCGACAAGACAAGCAAGCUUUCCUCUGUGGUAUAGGCAUCGGCAUCGACACAGGUAUCGGCCGACGGAAACUGGAAAGCUUCUCGUCUCGGGUGGUUUGCUCACGCCAGGAAAGGGGUGUGGGGGAGGGGUUUUGAAUUUAAUUUAGCUCGGAUGAGAUGAAUGUGGACAAUGGCGUUUUUCUUCUUCUUUCCCUUUUGUUCUUCUUUUCGCUUUUUUUAUGCGGGCGGUACGGUACGUGCCCGCUGUUGGGUCUGGCUGGCUGUUCAGAGUUGACUCGCAGCCAUACGUCUCAGCUCUGAUGGGGCAGCUGAGAAGGUACCGCUCGUGGACUUUCGAAUCUUCUCCAAGACUCCGCCGCCGUUAUCGAGGCUGGUCAGUCUCUGGUUGGCUCUCUGGAACGAGCGGUCGUGGUUGUGGUUGGAUAUGGAUUUUUACUAUUCUUCUUUUACCUUUCAAACACCUCCAAGGGAGGGGGCUGAGCUGUGUGUUUUGUUCGAGUGUAAGGGAAAAAAAGUCUGAGUGGUGUUGGACUAGCAAGUCGAGGGCGGCGAGGAAGGGUGGCCAACGUGUUGUUGUCUCUGCGCAGGAAACGCGGCAUCUCGACGAGAUUGCCGGGUUGAGGCGGUUCAGUGAGUGUGGCAAGCGUCGUCGAGGACAACUUGCCCAGGACCGCCUACCGGCAGAGACGGACGGACGGAGUUGUGCGGGAACCUGAUGGGUGUAAGUAACUACCUACACAAAUGGAGAAAAUCAGACAGACAUGACAUGACUAAGGUCUACGAAACGAGAUGUGUAAUAGUACUAUGGUACCAGGCCGAAAUAAAAUUACCCCUGUUAGGUAUCUUACUCUAACACUCACCACCCUACUUAUUUC